AUGAGCCUGCUGCUCGGCACUUCCAAGUACCGCAACGCGCAGCUGAGCCCGGACGGCAAGUACAUCUCAUACAACCGCCCGUCGGGGGAUACGGGAGUGUACAACGUUUUUGUGAAGGAGCUGCCGGCCCCAGGGUCUGCGGCGGCGGCGGCGGACAAGCGGAGCCUGUUUGACCGAGAAGGGAUUGACAAGGACAUCCAGGUGACGUUCGACAAAAAGCGAGGCAUCACGUCAGGCACCUGGGGGCAGGACGGCAAGAGCAUGGCAUACAUCCAGGACACCGACGGCGAUGAAAACUUCCACCUUUUCCUGGUGCCCCUCGCCGACACCUUCAAGUCUGGCGCCAAGGCCGCGCCGCCGCCGGUCGACGCAACCCCUUUCAAGGGCGUCAAGGCGUCCGGCAUCAUGAGCAGCAAAAACAGGCCUGGUAUUCUGUACAUCGGCCUGAACAAGCGCAGCAAGGAGGUGUUUGACCUGUACCGCCUCGACCUCAAGACCAUGAAGCUCACACUCGACACGGUCAACCCCGGGGGGCUGACAACGUGGCUGCCUGACUAUGGCUUCAACAUACGGGCCGCCCUGGGAUACAACAACACAGACGGCUCAACGUACGUCCUCAUAAACGACGCCCCGCCCACCACCGACGCCGCGGUGGCGGCCGCCCCCGACCUCGACGCGCUGUUCAGCGCCGCCAAGGAGCAGAACUACACCACCGCCCAGUGGAUUGCCGCGAGCGCCAGCAAGGCGGACGCGUCCAAGUGGCGGCGGCUGAUCACGUGGCCGUUUGGCGAGAAGGGGGGCGUGUUUCGGUUCAACAAGCAAGGGAACGGCCUCUACAUCGUCACCUCCAUCGACAGGGACACCACCGAGUUCCAGCUGGUCUCGCUGCAGCCUGGCGCCAAGGUCAUUAAGCGCAUCGCCUCCAACCCGCUGGUCAAUGUGGGCAGCGUCUGGUUUGAGGAGGACUCGUGGGAGCCCCAGAUGGUGUCCUUCAACUACCUCAGGUAUGUGUAG